AUGACACCUGCUGACAUUUUUUCUCCAUUUCAUACAGAAAAGAGAACUUUUCCUGCUAAUACAUAUGAUUUUAACAAAGAUUUGACAAUGAAAGGCAAGAGUGACUUACAACCUUCUUCCAAGGUACCUGGGGAGGAAGAAGGUGAUUAUGAGACUGUAAGUUCUUCCACUCUGGAGGCCAUCCAUGCUUUGAGAAUCCUUCCUGCCAAACCUCUACAAGAAUCUGAAUAUGCAGACAAACGCUGUUUAAGGCCUUCAGGUACCACUUCCCCAGUGAACAGCCAGCACACAUCUCAGCCCCCUCAACACUCAGCUAAACACAUGCCUGUACUGGAGGGAAGAAGCAUGCCAAGUGUUAGAGGACAAAGAGUGAAAAUACAUGGACCCGAGAAUCCUGUGCCUCCCCCACGGCCUCUGAAGACAUUGCCAAAGCAGUAUCAGCCGCUUCCUCCGGAGCCGAAGAUAAGCAGCCAGUUCUUUCACAUGAGAAAAACGCUCAGCCAAGCUCAUACUUUUCCAAUAACAGCAAAAGUCACAAGAAAUCUAUCUGUUAAGGAACUAAACGAAGCACCUGGAAGCAAACAAGCUAUACAUAUGGAGAAGAAACCUGAAAUAUCUUUUAGAGCACAACAGCAUAAACCAAAGCAUCACCCUGAAGCCAGCCUUCAAUGUACGCAGAGAUCUAAAAGGAUUUGCAGCUCAGGGUCCAUGUUAAAUGUAGAGAAUUUUUCAGUGAAGAGGUCACCAUCUCCUAUGCCGUACGCAGCAUGCAAAAAUAAAUCAAAACAUUCACCUGUAAAACAGGAAAUGCAAUCUCUUACCCAACCCACUGAAAAGGAUUUAAACCAGUAUGAAUGGUACAUUGGAGAAUAUGAUCGCCAUGAAGCAGAGAGGGCGCUGUUAGAGGAAAACACUGAUGAAACAUUCUUGGUUAGAGAUUGUUCAAAGAAAUCAAACGCUGAACCCUAUGUUUUGGUUGUCUAUUAUGGAAGAAAAGUAUACAACAUUAAAGUACGUUUUCUGGAAGCGAGCCAACAAUAUGCACUGGGAACAGGGCUCAGAGGAGAUGAUAAAUUUAAUUCUGUGAAAGAAAUCAUUGACUUCUACAAAUACGUUCCCAUCACACUCAUUGACGGAAAGGAUAAAUCAGGAAUCCAGAAAGAACAAUGCUACCUUACGUAUCCAUUUAAGUCACACAAAAGAUGUUUUCUGCCUUAAUACCACCUACCUGUUUGUAUAGAUGUAAAUAGAACAAUUAUUUAAGUGUCUCAAAAACCAGAUUAGCCUUUGAUUAAGGAGCUCCCCAUAUUAUGAAGCAUUCUAAAUGCUCCACUAAAAGACUUCUCUCCAACCGAGAAUACAGACCUACUCCAUUUUUUGAUUCUUGUAAUUUGUUUUUAACUUUGAGCAUACAGGUUAAGUAUACGCCAUUGUAUUAAUACACAGAAAAGUGUUAAGAGAGACUCACUCCUGAUAUCUUACAAUGAUUGCACAAUUUGCUUAUCGUCCACUGUAUCUUCUAACACAAGACAAAAACCAAACUCAGUCUUGCUUACUGUUAAUGUUACUGAAGCUCAGUUAGUAGCACUACCUAAUAAAGCAUACUGCAGUCCUAUAAAAAAAUUCUUGCUUUUAAAAAUACACAUGAAAUGCUAUGUAUCUGAAUAUUCACUGUUUAACAAUUUCAUUCGGUCUGCAUAUGUGUUUGCACAACAUGCUGUGCUCAGCAGCCACUGAAGUCAGUGGGUGUUAGCUGGUGCUCCUAAGUAUCGGAGGUUAUAAUGUUAGUUAAGUAAUAAAUUUACAUAAUUAAAGCUAACACUUAUUCUUUAGCUUGAGUAGCAGAUACUUGUAUUCCAUAUCUGAGCUUUCAACCACUUACAUAGUAGGACCAUUAUGCAAACAGUCCCUUUGAAUUCACACCGUGUGCAAAUGUAGAGAUAAAAAUCAUCAGUAGGAACAGUAGGUGUGCUUCAAACUCAGCACGAGAACAUGCUCCAAUGUGUAUCAAGGACAAGAAUAAGGUGGUGUUUUUCCAGCAAAAAACACAGCAAUAUUUAUUCAUAUAAUUUCAGUUUUGGAAGCCUUAACUAAAGAUUGAUUAUAAAUAUGAAAGGCAAACUUCAGUAUUUUUCUGGAAAGCAUCCAUAAUCUUCCUUUCUAAGCACACUCAGGAGUUUGACCAGGCAAUUGAAAUAUACCAGGAAAGCAAUCUCAGUUACUUUAUCCUUACAGAACAGGAACAAGAAUAAAAACAUUCAAGCCCAAAACAUGACAUUCCAACCCAAUUUAUGAUUUAGUAUGUAGUGCUAGAAACUAGCUCUAAAAAAAAAAAAAUCUAGCAGUUGGUUGUUAUUUCCUUGCAACCUUUUGUGGUGGGUUGACCCUGGCUGGAUGCCAGGUGUCCACCGAAGCCACUCUAUCAUUCCCCCUCCUCAGCUGGGAUGGGGAGACAA